AUGAACAAGAAUGUUGUCGAUAGAUCCCCGGGAAAUAAAGAAGCCCCGAGAUUGUCCAAGUAUAAUUUUUACCUCAAUGUGGCGACCAUAGCAGCGGCCGUCAUCCGCAAUAGAGAAACAAGGCACCCAAGGACAAUUCAAUCCGAUCCUGAAAAAUGGGAUAAAAGCAUGAUUUGCAAAUACCAUCACACCCACGGUCAUCGAACCAAAUAUUAUCGACAGUUAAGAGAGGAGGUUGCUCGUCUAUUUAAUUUAGGUCACCUUCGAGAAUUCCUAAGUGAACGAGCCAAAACUCACUGCAAGAACGUGGGUGCUAACAAGCAAGAUAGACCAGAAGAGCCUCAGCAGGUGAUCCACAUGAUCAUGAAGGGAGCGGACAUUCCCCAAGGGCCAGUAAUGAAGCGUGCCAAGGUUUCCAUAACAAGAGAGAAGCGUAUUUGGAGUUACGACCCCGAUAGUCCCAUCUCGUUCAAUGACAAGGACAUGGAAGGCAUUGUUCAGCCUUACAACGAUGCUCUGCUGGGACUACCAGACCAGAUAGUACCAGCAGUCCGAGUCCUCAACGGAUUCAAUAUGACCUGCGAAACAACAAAGGGUGAGAUCACCUUAUCGAUUAACACAGCCGGAACCACGCAGCAGACUAAAUUUUAUGUGAUAGAAGGAGACAUGGGAUACAAUGGAUUGUUGGGAAGAACAUGGAUUCACAACAUGAGAGCAGUUCUCUCAACUCUGCACCAAGCGUUGAAGUUCCCGACCCCACAAGGGAUCAAAAUCGUUCACGGAGAGCAACAAGCCACAAAGGAAAUGUUCGCGAUCGAAGAAGUGGUUGCGACUGCCAAGGUUCCAGUAUUGAAGGACGAAAAGCUGAAAAAAGGGGAAAACGCUAAAUAG